UAGUGCGCAGGCAGUAAGCGCUUCCACAGCCAUUACAGUGAGAGACGGUGCGAGGCUGAUUGUUAGUGUACGGAGCAAGUGGAAGCAAGGACUCAACAACAGUGGCUCGCUAUUAGGGACGGAGGGGGGCCAAAAUUCGCCAUAUUCUAAACGGAAAAAGGCCAAAAUGGCAAGAGGUGAUUCUAAAAAGCCCCGAGGCAAAAUGUCCUCCUAUGCCUUCUUCGUCCAAACUUGUCGUGAGGAGCACAAGAAGAAGCAUCCUGAUGCAAGUGUCAACUUUUCCGAAUUCUCAAAGAAGUGUGCAGAAAGAUGGAAGUCCAUGACAAGUAAAGAGAAACUAAAAUUUGAAGAUAAGGCAAAAGAAGACAAAAUCCGUUGGGAGAAAGAAAUGAAAAAUUAUGAGCCACCAAAAGGCGCCAAGAAAACGAAGAGAAAGAAGGACCCUAAUGCACCAAAGAGACCACCAUCUGCUUUCUUUGUGUUCUGCUCUGACUGGCGCCCCAAAAUUAAAGAGGAAAAUCCUGGGUCAUCAAUUGGGGAUACAGCCAGGAAGCUGGGACUGCUUUGGAAUGCAACAGCUGCAAAUGAUAAAAUUCCAUAUGAAAAGAGGGCAGCAAAGCUCAAGGAAAGAUAUGAAAUGGAUCUUGCAGCAUAUCGUGCUAAAACAAAGUCUGAAUCUACUAAGAAGGCUUCAGCUGCCAAAGUGGAAAAGAAGAAGGUAGUGGAGGAGGAGGAUGAUGAAGAGGAGGAUGAUGAAGAGGAGGAGGAGGAGGAAGAAGAGGAGGAAGACGAAGAUGAUUGAAUUUUACCUUUCUUCCAGCAACAUUUCUCAGCUAUAGAGCAUUUACCCCUGCCCUGUACACACUCUGCUUCUUUUUAAAAUAUAUAAGGCUAUGUAUAUGAGAAUUUGAUUUUAAACUGUACAGUUUAUUUUUGUUUUGUAUAGUUAACACACUAUGACAGUGUAUUUGGGAGGCCCAAUGAGCCCGUUCUUAGUGGUGUUUUGUUUGACACUUAACUUUGGCCGGUACAGUGAAGGGGGGGGGAAAAUAAAUUGGCUUGGCGAGAGCAAUUUCAUGUUGGUAUAUAUCACCAACUGGCUUUGGGGGAGGGGGAAGUUAAUUUGCUUUUGAGCUGUUGUAAGGUUCUUGUGACAUUGUGCUAGAAAUUGAGAUUGCCACACUGUAAUUGCCUAAAAAUUGCAGCUUUUUGUUUUUGUUGACCUUUUGAAAUGCUUAUGAAAUAAAACUUUUUAUUAAUGCUC